AUCCGCGGGUCAUUCAGCCGGAACCGCCAACCGCAAUGAAGAGAGCUGCGGCGUUCUCCGUAGCUUUCCUCCUGUCCGGCAUCCAUGCCGAAGGGGCACCCAAGCAGUACCCUGUGACGAAGGUGGUGAACCUUCUGGAAGAUAUGAAAAAGAAGCUGGAGGCUGAGGCCGAAAAAGAUGAGGACGUGGACGAAAAGAUGAAAUGCUGGUGCAAGGAGACGGAGCAGACCAAGACUGAGAGCAUGGCAGGCACCGAGUCCCAACUCACCACACUCAGCGCUUUGAUCGAGACCAGCGCGGCCGAUUCCGUGCGCCUCUCUUCAGAGAUCAGCGGCCAUGAAGGAGACCUGACCUCCAGUGAAAACUCCUUGAGCGCAGCAGAAGCUCAGCGGAAGAAGCAGCAGGAGACCUUUGAAGAGGAAGAGAAAGAGAUCGAGGAGUCUCUGACUGGCGUUGACGCAGCGUUGGACCAUCUGCAACCCAAAUCUGCAUCCUUCCUUGCGACAGCCAGCGACGUUAAGGAGCAAACGCUGGACUUGAUUAGAAGGCUUCAGCGCAAGCACUACGCUCAGCAGAUGGGCCUGACUGCGGGAAGGCGCAAGAUCUUGCUGGCAUCUACUGCCGCACGCUUGGAUGUUGAUGCUUCGGAGUCCCCUGCCACAGGAGAAGUGUUGGCGUGCUUUCCUCCAUGAAGGAC